CUUCCAAGUGUUCUUAAAAUAUCAACCCACACACUUUACUCUCACUUGCUUCCUUUAUUUCUCAUCUUCCCCCAAUUUUCUCUCUCCUCCAAUUUUCUCUCUCUUUUCGGCAAACUUCCCAAAUCCCUUUUCUUGUUCCUUGUUUGUUUGGAUGAACUUAUACCCAAUAAAGUUUGGAUCUUUGUUUAUUUGGUGAUUGAUUUUAUUAAAUCAUGCCUUCUUUAUGGAAGAAGCAUAAGGGGAGUCGGAUUUCCCGGUUAGUUUCCGACCUCCAAACAGGCCCUAAGCGAGGUGGGUCCCUUGUUGUUGAAACUGGGUUUCCGACCUCUCUUGUUGAUCUGUUUGUUAAGAAUCGUGAUAAGUUGCAGAAACACAAAUCAAAGAAUCGCAAAUCCAAGAAGAAAACCGCCAUUACAGAAGCAAAAGAAGGAGGUUUUGAUGUUGAUGAACAACAACGUUUACCAAAUUUGCCCUCGGUGAGUGAUUCUUCUGUUUCCGCCUCUGAUUUUGAUGUUUCCAGUUCCUCAAAUGUUGAAAAUUCGGAAGAAAACGUUGCUCAGAUUGAUGAAAACCGUAUAUUUGUUGAAGAUAUUGUUUCCCGUGAAAACCCUGUAAUAGAAUUGCAUCGUAAAUCUUGUGAAAAUCAGAGUAAUGAGGAGAAAGGAGAGAUUUUCGAGGUUUUAAAUUCGAAUUUUGUGGUUUUGUUGUCAAUUUUAAUAGGGGCUAUUGUUUUUGUUGCGCUAUUGUAUAUCAAAAGGUGGUUUCUUGCGUUGAUCACUUUGGGGUUUGUGUUGUUAAUCUUGUUAGAAUAUGUAGGAAAACCCUCUUUCUGGUUAUUGAAGCCGUGUGAAAAUGUAGUUUCAAUGUCGAUUAUGAAGGGUGCAUUGGUUGUGGGUGUAGCCUUGUAUACAAAGUGGUUUGUUGUAGGGAUUACAAUUGGGGCUUCGUUGUUGCUCCUAUUGGAAUAUGCAGGAAACUCGAUUUGUGGAUCGUUUAAGCCUUGCCUAGAUGUUAAGUUGAAAUUGCAAGAAUUGUUGCCACAUUUGGGUUCUUCUAAACCCAGGAAGGAGUUUAGGGUAAGAAGUGUGAGAAGAGCAGUGUUGACUAGGUCCUCUGUUAUUGGUUCGAAAAGGGAAGUUUGUAAAAAAGAUUCCGACCAAGAAGGAGUUGAAAACGAGGAUAUAUCGAUCGAUUCAGAGUUAGGAAAUGGUUAUAUUAGGGAAAAUGAGGUAUCAUCUGAAGAAGAUGAUGAUGGAGAAACUAUUUCGUCGAAGGGAGAAAUCGAGCAAGGAAGUGGGGAUAGCACUCCUGUCAACAAAAAUGGAGAAAAGCAAGAUAAGCCCAUGUAUGAAAUUUUAGACCUUGAAUUGAACAACACCAAAUACUCAAAGAGCUCGAAUUUUAGUGGUCCUAUUAGGUAUGUUGAUCUGUUAUGGGAGAAAAGGGUCAUAGAAGGAAGAGGAAAUAGAGAUGAAGAAUCUGAAUUAGUUGUUGAUCAUAAUGGUAAAAUUAAGAAGCACAAGAAGUUCUGGAAGAAACUUGUACCGAAAAAGAUGCAUAAGAAAAACAAGCAUAAACACGAAAGAGAAAACUCUGCAGAUGGUACUCAAGAUUCUGAAACUGAAUUGGAGGAGGAAGAUGAACAGGAAACAACCGAAGUAGAGGGAUCAACAACUAUAUCAUCGGUUGAGGAAGAUGAUCAAGACUCUGAAUCAGUUAAUAAUCAUAAUGAUCAAAUUAAGAAGCACAGAAAGUUCUGGAAGAAACUUGUACCUAAGAAGAUGCAUAAGAAAAACAAGGAUAAACACGAAAGAGAACACUCUUCAGCGUAUACUGAUGCUACUCAAGAUUCUGAAACUGAUUCGGAGGAGGAGGAGGAUGAACAGGAAGUAACUGGAUCAACAAUGACUAUAUCAUCUGUUGAGGAAGAUGAGUGUGGAACCGACAAAUUUGAAGCUGCGAAUACUUGUUUAACUGGGAUGUUACAACUUGAUAACAGAAUCCCUAAAUCUUGUGAAAUGGUUAAGGAAAAAGAUAGAAACUUGAAGUACUUAACCACUGUAAUGAUCCCACUUACUGGCCUUAUAGGAGGCCGGAUGUUUGCCGUUGCACUGACUGUAAUCUGCUGUCUGGUGUUCAAGGUGGUGAGAGGCUGAACACAGCCUUCCAUUUUCAAGGGAAUGUCAAGUGUUAAUAUUAUUAUCUUGCCCUUUGAGAAAAUCUGUGUACCUUUGUUUACAUUUUUUGUUUUGAUUAAGAUGUGGUUCUAUCCUUAUCUUCUGAUAUUAGAGAAGGUGCAGGUUUAUGUUCAUCUUUUGUGAAUUGUACUCAGAUAGUACGGAGUAUAUUUCUAAAAUCAAAUCCUAAUCAUUGUAAAAAUAAACAUUAUAGUGUCAAUAAUUGAAGACCAAAUUUGGCUAUCAGUA